AUGGGUGCACGAACCUGGGGCCGGUUUGUCAGUUUACUUCAGUCUAGCCGCAGGCAGGAGCACUGUACAGCUGUGAUUCCGCCUGAUCUAACCAGCCCAGAUGAUGAUGAUGAUGACGACGACGAUGAUGAUGAUGAUGGUGGUGGUGGUGGUGGUGGUGGUGGUGGUGAUGAUGAUGAUGAUGAUGAUGAUGAUGAUGAUGAUGAUGAUGAUGAUGAUGAUGAUGAUGAUGAUGAUGAUGAUGAUGAUGAUGAUGAUGAUGAUGAUGAUGAUGAUGAUGAUGAUGAUGAUGAUGAUGAUGAUGAUGAUGAUGAUGAUGAUGAUGCUAAUUUUACCUCUUCACGCGUGACGAUCUGUGGCAGCUGA